AUGGACAAGUUCUCACAGUUACCCGAACCUCUCCUGAUCAUCAUCGCCAACUUGCCCUUCAAAGAAGCCGCAAGAAACUCCAUUCUCUCCAAGCUAUGGCGUCGCCUUGGGCGUUCGACCCAAAUCGUCGAGUUCAACGAGCGUUUCUUUGUGAAUACUGACGCAGCACCGGCGGACAGAGCGAUUCAGAGACUAACUUUCAUUGAUUUUGUGCGCCGUUGGAUUGACAACAGCCCAAAAACGCCUGUGGGUAAGUUGGCGCUCGAUUUUUCUGACCCCGCAUGGGAUGAACUCGGGUAUGAUUACCACGAGUCCUAUUUUGAUUUGCCUUUGGAUGUGUAUAAUCACCGAGUUCUUGAGUCCCUAGCUCUGUUUUCUUGCAAUUUUGAUGCGGAUUUGGUUGGGAAUUUUCAUAUGCUGAAGCACAUUUCAUUGGGUUGGAUUGCUCUGCCGGUUUCCGUUCAAGAAACUCUGUUAGCACAAUGUAGGUUGCUUGAGAGUCUGAGUCUGAAGAAAUGUUGGGGGAUGAACUCCCUUGACGUUCGUGGGAAUGACUUAAAGCUAAAAACUUUGGUGGCUGAUAGGUGCAGUAUUCGUUACCCUCAUUCCUUUUAUCUUGAAGCACCAAAGUUGAAUUAUUUGAAGUUUGUUGGUGGGGAUGUGCCGGCAUUGACUACAGGCGAGGGUAGCGAAUUCAAUUUCUUCGAAGAGUUGAACCUCGACUUGAGCCCUGUGAUAGAUUUUCAUGGCUCUGCUAGUCCCAAUUCUAUUCUCGAUAUACUUCCUCGUAGCCUUGUGAUAGAUUUUCAUAGCUUUGCUAGUCCUAAUUCCAUUCUUGAUAUACUUCCUCCUACAAGGAAGUUACGUUCUUACACGCUUCGGAUACACAUUUCUCUCUUCAACGUUUCAUUGUUUGCACUAGUUAUAAUCAAUCAUACAGAACGGGAACCAAUUAUUCCGAGUCCUCGUUUGACAGUAACAGAUUUGACACGGAAAACGACAAUGCAUCACCAUGAACAACUCGGCAUCAAGUUUUUCUUGAAUUGUUGUCCUCAUCUGGAGACUCUUACAAUCAAACGAUGCCCUGAGGAAAUUUAUGAGUAUUACGUUACUCCAUCUGUACUGAAGCCUCGAGAGAUGUGGAAGGGAAAUGUAGAAGUUUAUGAACAUGGCCGGAUCAUGGAACAGCUUACUGUCGUUACAUUAAGUGAUGAGGAAGUUAAUGGUGGAAACCCGGAAGAAUUCAGACUCAAGGCUCGAGAGUUCUUGCAUCAAGUCGAAGCAGCCUCACAAAAUCUGGAAAUAACAGUUCUGCCUUUGGCCAUUGAUGUCCUUGAAGAGCCAUUUUCCUUGGUUUUAAAAGGGGAGCAAGGUGCAGCCCUCGGAUGCCGCUUCCGCACAACAACAUACAUUGAGUCCGAGUUCAAAGUUUGA